AUGGAGAAAGCAACAAAUAUCUUAAGAACCUCAAUACAUUCUUUGUUCACCAGCUAUGACAUCUUUGCCUCCAUAGCCACACUCCUCAUCCUCCCCUCAUCUGCCUCCACUCUCCUCCUCCCUCCUCCCAACACCUCAUCUCCUUCCUCCACCCUCCUCCAUUUCAUCUCCAUCCAAAAACCUCAACUUUCCAUCAUUCCAUAUCCCAAAUUCGCUCACACAAUCCUCUCCCUCUUCCUCACUCUUCCCUUCACACUCACCUUUCUCCCCUUAGCCAAAGCAUCCAUAAUUCUCGCCUCUCGUGAACCUCAUCGUCACAACCAAUCUCCUCCUCCAGUAUCCUCGUUCCUUCAUCUCUAUCGCCCCCUCGCCCUCGCCCAACUCUUCAACACCUUCCUCACCCUAUCAACCAAUGCAAUUCUUCUCAUCAUCCUCUUCCUCCUAUCCAAUUCCACAAAAUUAUUCAGCAUUGACUCGACGGCCAUAGUUGUAUUGAUUUCAGUCGUCAGUAUCGUCCUCUACACCACGAUCACCUUAUACAUAGCUGCCAUCUGCAAUCUAUCAAGCAUUAUUUCAGCCAUGGAGAAUUGUAGGGCUGAUGAAGCUUUGAUGAAGUCCUCUGUGCUGCUUAGGGGAAGGGCUGCCAUUGCUUUAUCACUUGCUGCUCCUACUGAUCUGGCCAUGGCUGCCAUAGAACUAGUGUUUCAAGCAAGAGUGAUGAAGCCAUAUUUUCAGAAUAAUAAAUUUGAUUUAUCUUUAAUCUGUGAGGGUUUUACAAUAACUUACAUGUAUUCUAUUAUUACUGUGCUUCAUAUCAUUAUUACUUGCUGUUUCUAUAAGUUCUGCAAACAUGAUUCUUUAGGCAAUUGUGAAGGCCAGUUUGGUUAUGGGCAAGAGUUGAGAGAGGAAGAGAAGGGUAUAAUUGUAAAUAAAUUCAAAGGAGAGGAGGGUUAUUAUGCAAAUAUAAUUUUCUAA